AUGAAUAACAAGCGCAAAAAUCGCCAAGGGCCGCCGAGGUCACCACGAGGCCGCGUGGUGCCGGAGGGCGUGUACAACAACGCACACUUCAUGCACGCAGCGACGUCGCACGUCGGCGACAUUGUUCAGGUGCUCACACAGUCUGGCAGCCUCUGGGAGGGUGUCUUUAAAACAUUUAGUGCACAGUUUGAGGUUGUAUUAGAAGUGGCUCACCGUGUGGACCAGGAAGGUGUGGUGGCAGUCGACUCAGUGGUUGAGAAACUGAUAUUCAAGCCACAAGAUGUGGUCUCCAUCAGAGCUAAGGAUUCUGAUCUCGAAUACGCCACACAUGACGUUUUUCAGACAGAUAGUGCUAUUUCUGGCAAAUUUAAUGGCUCCGUAUCAGGCAAUGGGCGAACUGGUGAGGAGCGUCACUUAGAGCCCUGGGAUUGUGACGGUGAAGCCGGCGACGCGCCUGCGUUGAACGGCGACGCUCUGCUUGAGGAUCUGGAACUUGAUCAUCGCGCCAAUGGGUGGGACGCGAAUGACAUGUUUCGGAAGAAUGAGGAGGUCUACGGGGUCCACAGCACCUAUGAUCACUCAUUGGCCGGAUACACACUCCCACUGCAGAGGAAAGACACUCAGGAUUAUAGGGAUGCAGAAGCUAAAGCAGAAGAAAUAGCUGCCGAAAUAGAGAGCACUGCCACGUAUAAAACACGCAUUGAGUUAGAGAACGGCGACGAGGAAGAACGGUUUGCGGCUGUUGUCAGACCUACAGACGGGGCUUCCAGCGCCGGAAAGUAUAUCAUACCGAACAAGAGAAAAAUUAUGCCGAGUGGCAAACUAGUGAAGCCCGGCGCCAACAACGGCGGGUCUCCGCCAGUGGGCAUGCUGCGCUCGCCCGCGCCGCCGCCCAAGGACAAGGAGCACCGCCCCCCGCGCCCCGGCCUCACGCCGCCCGCCGAGCGCCGCCAGGACGAGCCCGUAUGUCUGACCACUACUACGCUACCCCCUGCUCGGAGCAUGAGUGUAAGCACUAGCGCAGGUGGAAAGACCUACGCAGCGCAAGCUGGCGGCUACCACGUCCCACCGUUCCCGCCUCACCAAUCACACCCGGCAGCUAGUGGUGUAAACAAAGUGAAUGGAGAGCCUCGUGCGCCACAACAUAGGCAAGGGUUCCCGCCGCACCAUCAUCACAACCCCCCGCCCCCGAGCGACAGCCACGGCCGGCCGCCGCGCCACCACGCCCCGCCGCCGGACUCCAGGCGGCAAGACGAAGUACAGGAAUUCCGCAAGUUUGGUCAGGAUUUCAAGCUGGUUUCUCCAGCUGCCGCUCCUCCCGCUCCUCAACCUCAAGCACAGCCACAACUACCACCUCCGCAGCAGCAAAUGCCACAACAGCAACCUCCACCGCCGCAACCUCAGCCGCAACCGCCAGUGAAUCCACAACCACCGAGCCAGCCUCCGCCCGCGCCGAGCCCGCCCGAGGUGUCGGCCAACGCGGGCGCCGCCACCGAGCCGCACGCCAAGCGCGACCGCCCACCCAAGCAGCACACGCCCCCCACCGUCCAUAAGGCUGCGAGUGCGGUGGCGAGCACGGCGAAGGAGCUGGGCGGCGACGAGCGCUCGGCGCCAGCCACGUCCCCGCCCGUGGCCAGCUCGCCCAGCAUGGAGCGUGUGGCCGCCAUCAAAAAGUCCACACUCAAUCCCAACGCCAAGGAGUUUAACCCCGCCGCCAAACCCUUCACGCCGCGAAGCCCCAGCACGCCCAACCCGAGCAGGCCACACACCCCAGGCACGCCGUCAGGCGGAGUGGGAGUGGGCGUAGGAGUAGGAGUGGGCGGCGUCGGCGUCAACUUGAGCGGCGUCAGUGUUAUGGGACCUGGUGUGAGCUAUGUGCCUGCGCCACAUCCCCCACCUCCUAUGGUGGCAGCGGUGCCAUACGCGAUGAUGGCAGCGGCUGCGGCAGCGGCGCAACAGCCGCCCCCGGCGUACCUCCCUCAUCCGCACCCUGCCGUAAGUACCGCACCUUUCCUCCAUACUGUCUGCUCACCAAUAUACCAUAGGAAAGGAGUCGUACCUUUACCCGUACUAGAACUGCCUUUGUCGCUACCUGGUCAUUUACAGAAGAACCUUGCCAAUGUUGAAGCUGAGGCAGAAGUGUUGCCUAAUAUACUCAAGAUGGAGAUGGGGUGCGAGUGCAGGCAGUACGCCCCGCCAAUAUUCAUGGUGCCCGACAAACGGGAACGACCCGACGCGGUGAGCACACGACUCGCACAAUGGGACAAUGUAUAA